AAAGCCAUAAAAGGAAAAAAAAAAAAAAUCCUCUCCUCCUCCUCUACCUACUUAAAAACCCUACUCUCUCUCUUUCAUCUCCUCUUUCUCUCUCCAGCAAUAUAAAGGGGAUUUUGGGUUUUCAAUUGGAUUUUCUCGUCAAGAUCCCAAAUUGAUUUGGGAUCUUGAAGUUUUGAAUUUUGCUCCAAGAAGGCUGCUGAAGUUGAGUAAUCAGCCACCGCUACAAGGGUGGCGCUUUUGAUUUGCAGGAUAAUAGCAGAUUUUGAUUUGGUAAAUAAGAGUCAAAGAUGGAAGAUUGGGAGGAUGAGCAAGUUCCCCCUCUCGUUGCAAAAGACCAGCCUAAAAGUAAAUGGGAUGAUGAAGAUGUGGAUGAAGAUGAUGUGAAAGAAUCAUGGGAGGAUGAAGAUGAACCUGAUCCGGCACCUGUAGUGAAACCUCCUCCUGAAAUGGCUCCUAAGAAACCUGCUGUGAAGUCUACUGAAAAGAAGGGAAACACUGCUGAUGUAGUAAAGGAUCAACCACUUGAUCCAUUAGCCGAGAAACUUCGCCAGCAAAGGCUGGUGGAAGAAGCUGAUUUCAGAUCCACUGCAGAAUUGUUUGCUAAGAAAGAUGAUGAAAAGUCGCUUGAUAGUUUCAUUCCAAAAUCUGAAAGUGACUUCUUGGAAUACGCAGAACUCAUUUCUCAUAAACUUCGUCCAUUUGAGAAAAGUUACCAUUAUAUCCAUUUACUCAAGGCAGUGAUGAGACUGUCCAUGACUUCCAUGAAAGCUGCAGAUGCAAAAGAAGUUUCAACUUCUGUGAGUGCAAUUGCAAAUGAAAAGAUAAAAGCUGAGAAAGAAGCCAAUACUGGCAAGAAGAAAACAGCUGGCAAGAAAAAACAGCUUCAUGUUGGUAAGCCCGGCGAUGAUUUGGAGGGUGAUACCUACGAUGCUCUUGAUGACUACGACUUUAUGUAAUCUGUUUGGUUGAUAGGCAUUACAUUUUUGGGGUCUGCAUGUUUCAUCAUAAGCACAUUAAACCACCAUGAUUGAUGAUGAUGAUUGAGUGAAAGCUGUAAACAAUGUUGUUAAAGAGGAAAACAUUGCGUUUUUUGCCUUUGUUUUUCAACUUGUUCUGUUGAACCCUUGAAAGACAUUAUUCAUAUUCGAAUCAGGCACUUGUUCCGUGCUUCAUCUUUCUCAA